AUGCCCACUCCCCCUGUCACGGCUCGCAAGCGCAAGCGGCAGCAAUACACGGUGACCUACAGCGAAGUCCAGGAGGUCGACAGCUCAGGCAAGGUCCGCGAGGUGAUCGUCAUUGACGACACGCCUCCGCCCACAACGGUCUCCCCUGCGACUACCCACACUGCCAUGUAUUCUGCGUCGUACCAACCCCCAGUCUAUAACGCACCGAUUCGCACGCGGGCGAGGGCAGCUGCGGAGGCGCAGGCCCUAUCCGCAAGCACGUCCUCUGGGCUCACAGUUGCCCCUGCCCCCAAGAAGCGCAAGCGGGACCCCGCAGACGACAUUGGCAUCAUCCCCAAGAAGACUAUCACGAACGGUGGCAUUGCAAACGGAAUCGCAGUGACAAAGUCCUUUGCGACUGGCAGCGGGGCCAUUGCGGACGAUGCGUCAAAGCCGGAGGGCCCCUGCGACGACAAAGAGGGCCAUUAUAUCAUCGUUCCGGAUGACAUGAUACAUAGUCGAUACCGAACUGUCCGUCUACUCGGCCAAGGGACGUUCGGAAAGGUGGUCGAGGCCUUGGACACAGAAACAAAUCGGCGAGUCGCAAUCAAGAUCAUUCGAGCCAUCCCCAAGUACCGCGAUGCAAGUAAAAUUGAGGUCCGAGUGCUGCAGAAGCUGAAGGAACGGGACCCGCUCAAUAGACAUAAAUGCAUCCACUUGCUUACAUGGUUCGACCAUCGGAAUCACAUCUGCUUGGUGUCCGAGCUGCUCGGCAUGUGCGUAUACGACUUCCUCAAGGAGAACGACUUCGCUCCCUUCCCACGUCAACACAUACAAUCCUUUGCAAGGCAACUUCUUGGCAGUGUAGCAUUCCUUCACGAACUCCAUUUGAUCCAUACCGACCUGAAGCCCGAAAAUAUCUUAUUGGUAAACAACGAUUAUCAGAUUGUUCAAGUCCCUACAUCGUCUAAGCGUGGUGCACCGACGAGGAGCAAGCGGAUACUGCACUCAACGGAUAUCCGGCUGAUCGACUUCGGUUCUGCAACGUUCGAAGAUGAAUACCACUCCAGUGUCGUGUCGACACGGCAUUAUCGUGCUCCCGAGAUCAUUCUUGGACUCGGGUGGUCAUACCCUUGCGACGUCUUUUCACUCGGCUGCAUACUGGUCGAGUUCUACACGGGCGUCGCAUUAUUCCAGACUCACGAUAACCUGGAGCAUCUGGCCAUGAUGGAGCAAGUCAUGGGCAAGAUGCCAGAGAGGUUCGCGCGGUCUGGUGCACGAGCCAAGCCGGAAUACUUCAAGGAGGGGUGUAAACUCGACUGGCCAAAGCCCAAGGCUACGCGCCAGAGCAAGAAGGAGGUGCGGGCAUGCCGGAGUCUGCAGGAGAUCAUUCCUGCGACAGAUCCAAUCAACCGUCACUUCCUUGACCUCGUCAAGAAGCUACUCACCUUCGACCCGGCGCAACGAAUCACAGUCAAGGAGGCUCUCAACCAUCCAUAUUUCACGCUACAGAUCCCUAACGAGUAUUGAACGAUCUCCCUGCUCCUCUCUUCAACUCGAUCUCGGUUCAUGACAGGUGUCGGACUGGCCUGCUGCCGUUGUAUACUCUCGCGCUCGUCUACAUACAGUAUUGCUAUCGCCGUCGCAUGGUCGCUAUCCCGUCCACUAGUAGUCGGAGAUUUUGCUAUUGCAUCUUCUCGUAGGUCGUAAUCUCCCAUGUACAACACGCAGUAGUGUGCCACCAUCCCCUCUCUAGUCUCAUCUUCGUCUUUGGAUGCCGGUCUCCUCAUCUCCAUCCGUUGGAUCGUUCUUCCCUUUCGUCGAGCGAAGGUCUCUUCCAUUCCUCGCCCCCGUUUAUCUUCGCCCACCCGACCUCCUUACAUUUUGCAGCCCUUCCCCGCCGACAUCCCUCAUCGCUUGCCGACGUUGACCGCGACACCUAUCCGACUGCUUAUUGUCUCUCUCUUCCAGUCACUCGACCUGUCUCGCCCGCUCAAUGCCUCAUCUUGUAUCUAUGUCCAGGCUCUGGUAUCGGUCUCAUGUCUCGUCUACUAAGUAACAUUAUACAUAGAAGCAACGUCAC